CACCUUCAUCCCUCUUUUGCCCCUUGCACAACUUAACUUGGCUGCUUUGCAAUCGCCCAAUCGUAGCCCUACGCGAUGCCCAGAAGGAGAACAGGCUCCGCCAAUCCGUGUACUCAAAGAGGUGGUACCUAUUGCUAUGGGAACGGGAACUAGGUUUCAGGGGGUGUAUCAGCGAAGAGAGGCAAGAAAGAAAAAGAGAGGAGCAUAAAGGAAGGAAGGAGGAAAAGAAACCACCAGGAGCCAGGCAACUGUGCUGCUAUUGCUGGGGGUGCUGAAGGUCUUUCUCCCAGCACACCGGUACACAACAGGGGAAAGGCGCAUCUGCUCAAAGGCGCUCAGAAUUACUCUGUCCCCAUCUCCACAGCUAUGAAUCAUAGCGAGAUAAAGAUAAGAUGGAAAACUGUUUUAUUACAACAAUAUGUUUUGCUGCUGACCUGUCUUGUAAUUACACUGGAAGCAGUGCCUAUAGACAUAGACAAGACUAAAGUACAAGAGAAAGAACAAGUAGAGAAUGCAAAAGUAGAUAAUCCGGACACAGGGCUUUAUUAUGAUGCAUACCUCAGGCAAGUGAUAGAUGUCCUGGAGACAGACAAACAUUUCAGAGAGAAGCUCCAGACAGCAGACAUAGAGGCGAUAAAGAGUGGAAAGUUAAGCAAAGAGCUAGAUUUAGUUAGCCAUCAUGUGAGAACAAGGCUGGAUGAACUGAAAAGACAAGAGGUUGCAAGAUUAAGGAUGUUAAUUAAAGCCAAAAUUGAUUCAUUUCAAGAUUCUGGCAUAGACCACCAAUUCCUUCUCAAACAGUUUGAGCAUCUGAACCAUGACAACCCUCACACUUUUGAAGCUAAAGAUUUAGACAUGCUAAUCAAAGCUGCCACACAUGACUUGGAAAACUAUGACAAGACCCGUCAUGAGGAGUUUAAGAAAUAUGAGAUGAUGAAAGAACACGAAAGAAGAGAGUAUUUAAAAACACUGGAUGAAGAAAAGAGACACCUAGAGGAAUCCAAGUAUGAAGAAAUGAAGAAAAAGCAUGGCGAUCACCCCAAGGUUAACCAUCCUGGAAGCAAAGACCAGUUGAAAGAGGUGUGGGAGGAGGCAGAUGGGCUGGACCCUAAUGACUUUGAUCCAAAGACUUUUUUCAAGUUGCAUGAUGUCAAUACUGAUGGUUUUCUCGAUGAGCAGGAGUUAGAAGCCCUGUUUACUAAAGAGUUAGAGAAAGUCUAUGAUCCCAAAAAUGAAGAAGACGACAUGGUAGAAAUGGAAGAAGAGAGGCUACGAAUGAGAGAACAUGUCAUGAAUGAGGUUGACAUCAACAAGGACCGGUUAGUGACUUUGGAAGAGUUCUUGAGAGCUACAGAGAAAAAAGAGUUUUUGGAGCCAGAGAGCUGGGAGACCCUGGACCAACAGCAGCUCUUCACUGAAGAGGAUCUAAAGGAAUUUGAAAGUCACAUUUCCCAGCAAGAAGAUGAACUGCAGAAGCAAGCGCUAGAACUUCAGAAAAAGAAAGAAGAGCUACAAAGGCAACAUGACCACCUUCAGGCACAAAGACAAGAACUCCAGCAGGCUGUCCAACAAAUGGAACAGAAGAGGUUACAGCAAGGGCAUCCUCCCUCGGCACCAGAUGGAGAACUGAAAUUCCAACCACAUGGGACACAUCAAGUUGGAAAUGCUCAAAAUCAUCCAGCAGGAGGCAGUGAGCCUUUACCACCAGGAAAUAUACCAGCACAAGAAGCAGCUGCUAGAUCAGAUCAUGUCCAGUCUCACGCUUAACAAUUUGUGCCUCAAUUUUGUACUGUAUUUUUGGGAGGGAAGUGGGAGGAGAAGUGGUCAUAGAACCAAAAAUAAAUUGGGGAAUGAAAUCCCCAUUUCAAAUCACUGGGAUUCAUACAGACCUAAAAGUCUAAUUCAGUGUGAAGACUUUCAAAGGCGCAAAUGAUACAAUAAAGGAUUAUAAAGUGUAGGUACGAAAGGUCUACUAAAAUCUGAUUUUAUAGGAUAUCAUCCAGAUUUUCUCCUCAGGAAAACAUUAUUGCUUGACUUCAGUGUAAUUUGGCUGUCAUUUGUGCUGUGGAAAUCUCUCUCUGCUUCAUGUAUAAAUUUACUGCUUCAUGAUCCACCAGAAGAAAAAUUGAUGAGGGAAAAGUUAGAGGCACAAAUCCUUUGUUUUCUUCUUUUGCAAAUGUUCAUUAUGCUGACAGUCUCGAUUGUCAGUGUGUGUAAAGUGGAAGUUUGCUUGAUCAGGAUGUUCUGAACAGGUCUAGACACAAGACAAUAUUUUCCUAAAAGUGCCGACAGUGGAGAGCUGGAAUUUUAGGACAGUGUAGUGAAUGAGUUGUUUGACAAUCUCUUUGAAAAAUGAAAAGAAAUCAUCUGUGUUCUGAUAACAUACAAAAAAGAAAGUAUAAAAUUGCAGCAGGGAGUAAUUUGAA